UGCACCUGCUUUACGCAAAGCUCCUUUCACAGCUUCAACAGGUGCUUUUCAAUCUCCACUUUUCUCCUCCUGAGGACAUCACCAUUUAAAAAACCCAACACAAACCUUUGGAUUGUUGUUGCUUCUGCUGGUAAUCCUGUGGAGCUGGACUUAGACAGGAGUUGCUCUUCUAUCUGGGCAUCCUGCUCCUCUACAUACCCUCUUCUCUUGUCAUCACUUCAGCAACUAUCACCUCCACUGCUGCCUCGUUUUACUCCCUCCAUCACCACCACCUCCACUCUCUGGAUGGUCCUCUGCCGGAUGAGACACUGCUGUGUGGAGGUUGCCAGGUUAGACUAUUGAGGUGCUAGAUGUCCAUCUUCUGAAGGCAGAAUGGUCAGGCCAGGCUGUCCAGUCAUUCUGCUCCACCUCUUCAGCAUCUUAGUACAAACAGGAGGUAGUAGGACUCAGGACAUCAUGUAUCCGUAUGGACCCGGCCAUAGGGAUCUAGAGACCCCCAAGAUGGAUGAUGGGAGUUCUCCUGAAGUUAUUUUGCUCAUGCCCUUCGUUUUCUUCAAUAUCCCCUACCGUUCCAUCUAUGUCAACAACAACGGUGUGGUCUCCUUCAACGUGCAGGUUAGCCAGUUCACACCAGAGGCUUUUCCCCUGAGUGACAGCAGAUCAUUCAUUGCUCCACUUUGGGCAGAUGUGCACAACGGCAUCCGGGGAGAUGUGUUCUACAGAGAGUCCAUUGAACCGGAAAUACUGGAAAGGGCAACACAAGAUGUCCGGAAAUACUUCAAAAACAUGCCCACCUUCACAGCCGCCUGGGUCUUUAUUGCAACGUGGCACCAAGUCACCUUCUACGGAGGAAGCCAGACAACCCCGGUGAACACAUUCCAAAGUGUACUAAUCUCAGAUGGCGUGGCGUCCUUCAGUAUGUUCAACUAUGGAGAAAUCACAUGGAGCACAGGAACAGCCAGUGGUGGAGAUCCUUUAACAGGACUGGGUGGGACGACAGCUCAGUCAGGUUUUAACGGUGGAGACAUUGGUCACUUCUUCAACCUGCCGGGAUCACGUUCAAAUGAUGUAGUGAACAUUGAACAGACAACCAAUGUAAAUAUCCCUGGGCGCUGGUUCUUCCGCAUAGACACCGAACUGAUAGAUCCUGCCAAUGGCUGCAGCUACAAUGGGCGUUAUUACAGACGAGGGGAAAUCUUUUGGCUGUCUGACCAGUGUUCACAGCGAUGCCGCUGCCUGGACAUUGACAACGAGGUGCACUGCCAAGAGGCUCCGUGCGGGCAGCUGGAGACCUGCGAGCAGCAGGAAGGGGCUUUUUACUGCCAGCCGACCCGCACCAGCACUUGUGUGGUAUUUGGUGAUCCUCAUUACCACACCUUCGAUGGCUUCCUCUAUCACUUCCAGGGAACCUGCUCCUACCUGCUGGCUCGGCCUUGCUGGGAGGUUGCGGGGUUGCCAUUCUUCAGUGUGGAGGCUAAAAAUGAGAACCGUGGGGUUGCUUCUGUUUCUUGGCUUAGAGAUGUCACAGUGGAGGUGUAUGGUCACAGAGUCAUGUUACCCAAAGGCAGUCUUGGAACAGCCCAGGUGGAUGGCUUGAUGAAGACUUUACCGGUCCAACUAGAGCUAGGUGCUGUCAAGGUGUACCAGUCUGGAGUUGCAGUUGCUUUAGAAACAGACUUUGGACUCUUGGUAACCUAUGACGGCCAACACUACGCAUCCAUCUCCCUACCCAGCUCCUACUUUAACAACACUUGUGGCCUUUGCGGUAACUAUAACGAUGACCCCGCUGAUGACCCUGUGCUUCCUGACGGCUCUCUAGCAGAAAGCGUAGUGGAGUUAGGGGGCAGCUGGCGUGCAGAGGACACAGACUGGAGGUGUACAGAUGGCUGCGCCCAGAACUGCAGUGUAUGUGACCCUCUUACAGAAGCCUUCUACUUUCGCUCAGACUACUGCGGGCUCAUCAACAAAACCGACGGACCUUUUAGGGACUGCAGAGCCGUAGUGGACCCUACAGCCUUUGUGUAUAGCUGUGUGUAUGACAUGUGCAGCAACAGGGAUAAUAUCACCACACUCUGCCAGGCCAUCCAGGCCUAUGCUCUGGCCUGUCAGGCCCUCGGUGUCACGAUACGACCCUGGAGAUCUCGCACCUUCUGCGCUUUGACAUGUCCGGAGUUCAGCCACUACCAAGUGUGCACAAGUGCCUGCCCAGCCUCCUGCUCGGACCUCACCGCUCCGCUGUAUUGUGCUCAUCCUUGCACUGAGGGCUGCCAGUGUAACCAAGGCUAUGUUCUCAGCGGCAGCCGUUGUGUACAGCGUGAAGACUGUGGCUGUGAGCAUAACGGCCUGUAUUACCCCCUUAAUAACACUUUCUGGGCAGGCCCCAGCGGUGAAGAAGGUGAAUGUACCCUCCGCUGCAACUGUGGGCCUGCUGGGGAAGUCUCCUGUUUCAACGAGUCCUGUAAGGAGGGUGAGGUGUGUGUGGCAGAGGUGGGCUUGCUGGGUUGCUACCCUCGGAGGGAGGGAGUGUGCUCAAUCACCCAGAACUCAGUCACAUCCUCCUUUGAUGGCACCUUCCUGAUGUUCCCAGAUGACAGCUCCUACUACUUGCUGAAGCUGUGUGGUCCAGUGCCAGCUAAUGGCUCAGUAGUAGAGGUGAAGAUGGGUAGGCGGAUGAUGAACAAAGGCCCCUCAUGGAAAAGACCUGUAGUUGUUACAGUGGCUAACCUUGAAGCUCAGAUGGGAGGGACAGAUUUUGAUAUAGUAAAGGUGAAUGGUGAACCAGUGGGGCUUCCAUAUGUCCAUCCAAUGGAGACAAUGAUGAUCUACAGAGCACCGGGCAAUGCUACAGUGGUGGAGUCCCGUGGUCUGCUUCGUGUCCACUACACACGCCAGGGAUCCCUCAACAUCUCCCUCUCCACCAUCUUCUACAAUGUUACAUGCGGCCUAUGUGGUGUCUUCAAUAGUAACUCCACUGAUGACCUUCGCCUUCCAAAUGGACGCCUGGCGGAGUCUACUGAACAGUUCACAGAGGGCUGGAGGUCCAUUGCUGACGACCUCACCUGUAAUGGUGACUGUGAUGACCUGUAUCGAAUGUGCACGGACUUGCGUCUCUACCAGAGUCCUUGGAUGUGUGGCAACAUCAAUGACCCGGGGAAUAGUUCAUUUCUGGCCUGUCAUGCAGUGGUCAACCCCUCACCAUUCUUCAGGAACUGCUUGUAUAACAUGUGUGUAAGGGAAGGGAAUCGUUCAGCCCUGUGUUCUUCGCUGCAGGCUUAUGCCACCGCAUGUCAGGAUGCUCAAGUAGGCCUCGCUUCCUGGAGGAGUGCCACCAACUGUCCUCUUCCCUGUCCGGAGAACAGUCAUUUUGAUGAGUGCACCAGCGCCUGCCCUCUGACCUGUGCCAACUUGGAUGAACCUGACGAGCCGUGCCCUCUGCCAUGCCAGGAGGGGUGUCAGUGCGAGGAAGGCUUUGCGCUGCGCGACGGCCUGUGUGUGGCGCGCAGUGAUUGUGGCUGCAUAAGCCACGGGCGCCAGCUGGCCACUAAUCAGACUUUCUGGACAGACUGGGAGUGCCAGGAGCGCUGCUACUGCAAUGGCUCUGACAACAGUGUAUACUGUCAGCUCGCACCCUGUCACCCUGAGGAGUACUGCCAGGAGAAUGAAGGCCUGUAUUUCUGCCAGCCGCGCACUGAGGCCCUGUGUGUGGCGGCUGGUUAUGGACAUUUUCUGCCAUUUGGUGGCGUACCAUUUGAGCUGCAGAGCUCUUGUACUCUUAGGAUGGCCACCACCAACUGUGGGAGAGAGAGCAGGGACCACGCAACCGUCUCUCGAGCUUUCCCUCUAUUUAAACUGGCCGCUCGUAAUGAGGAAAGGGACACAGGCCAGGCAAUUUGGGUGAGGGGGUUUGUACUGGAGGUGUACGAGUAUGAGAUUGAAGUGUCUCGAAGCUACAAAAACACUGUCACGGUGAAUAAGGAGCGUUUGUACCUUCCUCUGAAGCUGGGUCCUGGGAAGGUCAGCAUCUUCAACUUGGGCAUGCAGCUCAUACUGGAGACAGAUUUUGGCCUGAAGGUGGCCUUCGACUGGAACACUCUGCUCCUGUUGACUUUGCCCCGCGACCUCUACAACGCCUCCUGCGGCCUCUGCCAGGGCGUGCCCUUAUCCCCACCCACCCUCACCACGACUGACUGGGGCAUGGCCUGGGCAGAGAGGGACACCUUCUGCCAGGUGGGCUGCGGAGACUCCUGCCCACGCUGUGGCAUGGGAGAGAAAAGCGUGCUAAAUGACGUCCCUCUCAUGGUGGCUGAUGCCAACACGAACAUCGGCACAGACGACGGAGCAAAUGAAGUCAACACAGGCAUUCGUUUCCACAUUGGAGAUGGACUGUAUGUGUUUGUGGAGCCUGAGGCAGUGAGGCUGUGUGGGCUAAUUGUGGAUCGAGGAGGUGUGUUUGCGCGUUGUCACAGUAAGGUGGCGCCAGCGUUCUUUUAUCAAAGCUGCCUGCAAGACACCUGUUUGGACCAGGGAGCUCAGGAUACAAUCUGUAACUGGCUGCAGAUAUAUGCCAGCACCUGUCAGACCCAAGGAGUGCCUGUUACCGGCUGGAGGAGUGACACACCGUGUGUCCAGAGCUGUCCACCUAACAGCCAUUACUCCAGUUGUGUGUCGGUUUGCCCGCCCCAGUGCGCCCCAGCCCGCGGCCAGAGGGACUGCAGCCAGGACUGUGUGGAGGGCUGCCAGUGUGACCAGGGCUACGUGCUCAAUGGCAAGAACUGCAUCCUGCCUCAAAACUGUGGCUGCUACACUGAUGGCAAGUACUAUGAGCCCAAACAGCUGUUCUGGAACAGUGACUGUACCAAACGCUGCCAGUGCAUUGGACGGAACCUGAUCCAGUGCGACCCGAGGCGCUGUAAGGCAGAGGAAGAGUGCACCCUCCGGUAUGGCGUGCGAGGCUGCUUUGCGCGGCGAUCCCAGCACUGUGUGGCCUCUGGCGGUGGGGUUUUCAGGACCUUCGAUGGCGCAUCGCUGCGACUCCCGGCCUCCUGCUCCUUCGUCUUGUCCACAAACUGUCACAAGCUGCCUGACCUUUCCUUCCAGCUCAUCGCUAACUUUGAUAAAUGGAGCACACCCAACCUCACCACCAUCUCUCAUGUCUACCUUUACAUCAAUGAGGAGAACAUACUUAUAUCUGGCAGCACUGUCAAGGUCAAUGGUACACCAGUAUCAGUACCAUUUCUAACUGGGCUGAUGACACGUCUGUCCUCAUCCGAAGGUUUCAUAGUCAUCGACACACCCCAGGACAUCCAGGUCCGAUACAACCACUUUAACACCCUUAGUAUCACAAUGGGCCAGCGGCUUCAGAACAAGGUGUGUGGCCUCUGUGGGAAUUUCAACGGGGACCCCAGUGACGACUACAUCACCUCCAGGGGCAAACCGGCUGUUAGCGCGCUGGAGCUGGCCCAGAGCUGGAAGACCAACGGUAUGCAGAACAGCUGUGACGAAACCCAGUACGUGGCUCUGGCUCAGUCCUGUGACAACUCGGCGGUGGCGGCGCUGCAAGGUGAAGAUGCCUGUCAGAAGCUCACCCAGCUGAAGGGCUUCUUCCAGCCUUGCCACGGCCUGCUGGAUCCCCGGCCCUUCUACCAGUCCUGCUACCUGGACGGCUGCUACAAUCACCGCAAGGCUCAGGUCUGUGGCUCGCUGGCAGCCUAUGCAGAGGCCUGCCGCUCCCUGGGCACCCUCACCACCAAGUGGAUCACCCAAGAGAACUGCUCAGAAUGGAUCUACGACCCCUGUGCAGGAGAGAUCUGCACAAACUUCACCUGUGAGCUGGAGAACGGAGGCGACCUGUGUGGCUGUCCAGAGUUACCCACCACCACUGGAGGUGAGGAUGACAUCAUCCAGGCGGAGGUGACCUGUAAGCACGCUCAGAUGGAGGUUUCCAUCUCCAAGUGUAAACUCUUCCAGCUGGGCUUCGAACGGGAGGACGUGAGGAUCAACGAUGAGCACUGCGCCGGCAUCGAGGGAGAGGACUUCAUCUCCUUCCUCAUCAACAACACUAAGGGGCACUGCGGCUCCAUCGUACAGUCGAAUGGCACACACAUCAUGUAUAAGAACACUGUAUGGAUUGAGAGCGUCAACAACACCGGGAACGUCAUCACCAGAGACAAGACCAUCAAUGUGGAGUUCUCCUGCGCCUACGAGCUGGACCUGAAGAUCUCGCUGGAGACUGUCCUCAAACCAAUGCUCAGCGUGAUAAACCUCACCUUACCGACCCAGGAAGGAAACUUCAUCACCAAGAUGGCUCUAUAUAAGAACUCCUCGUACCGCCAUCCAUACAGGGAGGGGGAGGUGGUGCUCAGCACACGGGACAUCCUCUUCGUGGGCGUCUUUGUGGAGGGGGCAGAUGAAAACCAGCUCAUCCUCAUAGUUAACAUGUGCUGGGCAACGCCGACCCGCUACAGCAGCGACCGACUCCGCUACAUCAUCAUAGAGCGAGGGUGUCCCAACAUUAAGGACAACACCAUCGGCAUGGCGGAGAACGGCGUGUCGCUCACCUGUCGCUUCCACGUCACCGUCUUCAAGUUCAUCGGGGAUUAUGAUGAGGUCCACCUCCACUGUGACGUUUCCCUGUGCGACUCCGAGACCAACGCCUGCAAAGUGAACUGUCCACACAAGAGAAGAAUGUACUCGGAGGACAGCGACCACAAAGAGCAUAUACUGAGUGUGGGACCCAUAAGAAGGAGAGAGUCCGACUGGUGCGAGGAUAGCAACGGAGGCUGCGAGCAGAUCUGCACCAGUAAGACGACCGGACCGGUCUGCAGUUGUGUGACUGGGAUGCUGCAGCGAGAUGGGAAAAGCUGCCGGACUGUGAGCUCGAGCUGUAACCUGACGCCUGCGGUUUCUCUGCUGAGCGUCAGCGCUGUGAUCUCCAUGCUCCUGGCUCGUAUUCAUACUCUCCUCUCCUAACACCCUGUGAGCAAAGCGAGUCAACAAAUGAAAAAAUAUGCAAACACAGAACACUUGAAAAUGCACAAAGAAACAGAGUUGAUUAGCCAGUAGAUCAGCUGUGUACCAGACAAUCUAGACAGAAUACGUUCACACUAUUACUGAUGCAACUGAAGGUACGUUACCAAACAGGAAAAGUAAGUCAGCUUUCUAGACAUGUGGACAAGUGAUCCUUCCGAAACUCUUAGGUUUCACCCCUCCACUUCACAUUGUGUAAUUCACCUCCACCUCCUGCAUUAUUCACAUAUAUCAGGACGCCUCACUGUGUGUUUUCAUUCACUUAAAGCCACUACAUGCGUAUAUUUUUAAUGCAAUUAUAACAUUUAUCAAAUGUCUGCCACAGUAUCUUUCAAUGUCAGACUUUUUCCAAUUGUACACAUAUGGGGUAUGGCCAAAGUUGGUCAGCUAGUUAACUAACAUUUUGAUAACAUUAGCUAACAAUUGAUGUAGAUCAUCAGCAUACAUAAAAAUGCACGACAUGACAGCUUCUCCAGAAGUGAAGCCAAAACAUCUCUUUCGCCCCCUGGUGGUGACUGCUGUAUAGGUCUUAAAGCCCACUGCUUCCAUGUUUGCAGAAUGGCCAAACUUAAAUUUGUCAAAGUACAUAUUAAAUAACUUUUUCCCAAAGAUGUUCUGCCAUUUUAGAUCAAGUGUUAAUUUUGCUGAUAAGUUUGGUUUUAAUUAGUUAUUUGAAGCUAUAAAAAGGGCAUUUCACGUCAUGAUUGACAGCUGAGCCCUGAGUCAGUUUGGCGUAUGGGCGAGACUUUGAUACUGCGGCGCCAACCCCGAUCACUACUGCACAGACUCUGGCUCCAAAUGACGUCACUGGCACAAGAUGGCAGCAGCUGUAUCCGGGAUAUUUUGGCUUCAUUUUUAUAUAGUGGGAGGAAUUGGAGACAUGAAGUCCAUCUUUUAUAUGUUGAUGAUGUAGAUUAGAUAGUUAGCAAGUGUUUUGAUAACAUCCAGCCAGUUAGCUUAAGAUGUGAAUAUGACACAUUUUUCCAUUCAUCAGCUAAGAUCCAAUCACAAUUCAAGCCAGACCACCUCCACAUGUGUCUGGCCGAUCUCUGGUAGCGUUAACUUGCAUUAACACUAUUUUACCUUAUCAAGAUAAGAGACCCAGAUACAGAUCAUAUGUUGAUGCACAUGGGCUUUAUGGGUCUGGAAUUAAAAAUUGCAUGGAUAUAAAUUCUCUGUCUGACAGUAGAUCUACUGGCUAGCUUUAACCACAGUAGAGCUGAUCUUUUUUGACCUCCAGAUCAACUAAUGUAAUCAGUGUUUAUCCCUCUAAACCAACUAAAUGUACACCAGCUUGUGGCUGCAGAAAGGUGAUUUUAAGAAGAAAACUGGAUGAUCUAUUUUGUGAUGGUGGAAGAGUACAUUGUAAAUGGGUGGCCCACAUUUAUCUUGGAUGUCACAGUGGAGUUUAUGAAUGAAGUAAGUAUUUAUGUGUGAGGAGAGCACCUUGUGAAAUGAAUACUCGUAUAUAUUUCACUCAAAUUUUGGUCUCAUAGAUUAGCGUCCAGGUUGUGUUUCGGCUGUAAGAUAUGCAAUCAGUUUGUGCCAGUCAAACAUUUCACUUCUAUCAUUUCUUGUCUUAAUCAGUUAUAGUGUUGUAACACUCCUGCCAUAAAUAUUGACUGAUUAUUGAUUCAGAACAGUUUGCAUUUUAGGAAAGAUAUGUGACGACGUACUGUAAUACUGUUAAUAGAGUAAGGUUCUCCAAGUACGGUCCCUGGUCAAUGUAUUCUAUUUGGCACCUUAUGCGUUAUAAAUGUCAAUACAUGUCACCACACAACUUAUGUAAACCUUCAGUGUUCUUUACUGAAGCCAAUUGUAAUUCUCAGUUUUUGGUUAGUUAUGCAGUCAGUAGCAGUUUUUCAUAGGUAGACUUGUUUUGCUACCUUCUAUGUACAAAUGUACAGUCCUUGUCAGUUUGGUGGUGAAUGUCAUAACUUUGUUUUAAUAAUCAGUUUCUUUUUUUGAUGUUUAAAAACAUGACCAAAAGAUGUUUUAUUAUUUGAGAGCAGCA